AUGGGAGUGGAGAGGGAAGCUGACAAUACAAGAGGGAUAGGGGGGCUGGAAGAGCUAUGGCUGGGGGAGUGGGUGAGGCCGAAGUCCUGCUGAGCCAGAAGCACCUGGAAUAUCAGUUUGGGCCUAACACCUUUGCAUAUAUCAGUUUGGGCCUAUCACUUUUGCAUAUACUGUAGGUUGAAAAUGAGAUUAAACUUUUUGCUAAGCAUAAGUCAUUAAUUGAUGUCUAUGGGAGAAUGGUGUGUAGAUGUGGAGUUCGACACACUUAUCUGAAGUUAGGAUUCUCUCACAGUAAUGUUAUUCUGCAAUCACGCAAGAGAAGCAUCUGUGUUUCAGACCCGAUCUGGCCAAGCCAUAUGGACGCGUGUGUGUGUGUGUGUGUGUGUGUGUGUGUGUGUGUGUGUGUGUGUGUGUGAGCAGCGGAGCACAAAUGUGCAUCCCUGUCCCAGGCCAUCCAUCCGUUGAUCCAUGCGAGCCAGCUGAAAGGCAGCAUUGCUGGGGCUGAGAGUGCCUGUUUAAAAGGCCUCUUUGUGGCCCAUUCAAGCCAAGCCUCCAUUGUAUCCUUGUUUCAGCGGCCCUCUCAAUGGUCCGGCCCAUUUGGGAGACAACAGGAGAUUAACUGCACAGACAGUGUAUUAAGUGUUGAUGAAUUGGCCCCAAAAGCCAUAGAUCAAUGACACAGGCCUGCUUUUUCCUACCGCAUAUAUACAAACAUACAUACAGAUUUAGGAUCUUAAUUUGAUCACCCUGUUGCAGGAUAACUUUCCUGCAAUGCAGGACAUUUAAAACGUUGUAGUGUAUUUGAGGUUUUAAAAGGCUCCUUAAGUUUGUAAUUUCCACUUUGAAAUUUCAGACUUGAUUUUCCCUUACGAAAAAUAGAUCAACACCUAUACAAAUUUCAAUAAAUCAUAAUUCACAUAAUAAUUCACAUUUGCUGUUGGUGCAGGAUUAUUUUCCUGCUGUAGCAAACUGGCUCAAAUUAAGAUCCUACGUCUGUGCACAAGCCCAGAGCCUUUAACUGGUUGGUUUAAACACACAUAGGUAUGUUAGGGAGGGGAAAGAUCCCUUACUGCCCAUUUUAGAUGCAUGACAAGAUUCAUGUUCCCCUUGAGUGUCUGACGUGUGUUUGUCUUGAUGGCCGCAGUUUGAGACAACAUUGACUAGGUGCUCAAAGACACAAUGUUUGUUUAUCAGGAACACCUUCCUAAUACUGAGUUGCACCUCCCCCGUUUGCCAUCACAACAGCCUCAAUUCGUCAGGCAUGGACUCGAAAGCGUUUCACAGGGAUGCUGGCCCAUGUUGACUCCAAUGCUUCUUACAGUUGUGUCAAGUUGGCUUGAUGUCCUUUGGGUGGUGGACCAUUCUUGGGAAACUGUUGAAUGUGAAAAACCUAGCAGCGUUGCAGUUCUUGACACAAACCAGUGCACCUGGCACCUACUACCAUACCCCGGUCAAAGGCACUUAAAUCUUUUGUCUUGCCCAUUCACCCUCUGAAUGGCACACAUACACAAUCCAUGUCUCAAUUGUCUCAAGGCUUAAAAAUCCUUCUUUAACCAGUCUCCCCCCCCCUUCAUCUACAGUGCCUUGCAAAAGUAUUCAUCCCCCUGGCAUUUUUCCUAUUUUGUUGCAUUACAACCUGUAAUUUUAACCGUUUUUUUAUUUGGAUUUCAUGUAAUGGACAUACACAAAAUAGUCCAAAUUGGUGUAGUGGAAUGAAAAAAAUAACUUGUUUCAAAAAAUUCUAAAAAAUAAAUAACGGAAAAGUGGUGCGUGCAUAUGUAUUCACCCCCUUUGCUAUGAAGCCCCUAAAUAAGAUCUGGUGCAACCAAUUACCUUCAGAAGUCACAUAAUUAGUUAAAUAAUGUCCACCUGUGCACAAUCUAAGUGUCACAUGAUCUGUCACAUAUAUAUACAGAGUCUGCAACACCACUAAGCAAGGGGCAACACCAAGCAAGCGGCACCAUGAAGACCAAGGAACUCUCCAGACAGGUCAGGGACACAGUUGUGGAGAAGUACAGAUCAGGGUUGGGUUAUAAAAAAAUAUCUGAAACUUUGAACAUCUCACGGAGCACCAUUAAAUCCAUUAUAAAAAAUUGAAAGAAUAUGGCACCACAAUAAACCUGCCAAGAGAGGGCCGCCCACCAAAACUCACGGACCAGGCAAGGAGGGAAUUAAUCAGAGAGGCAACAAAGAGACCAAAGAAAACCCUGAAGGAGCUGCAAAGCUCCACAGCAGAGAUUGGAGUAUCUGUCCAUAGGACCACUUUAAGCCGUACACUCCACAGAGCUGUGCUUUACAGAAGAGUGGCCAGAAAAAAGCCAUUGCUUAAAGAAAAAAUAAGCAAACACGUUUGGUGUUUGCCAAAAGGCAUGUGGGAGACUCCCCAAACAUAUAGAAGAAGGUACUCUGGUCAGAUGAGACUAAAAUUGAGCUUUUUGGCCAUCAAGGAAAACACUAUGUCUGGCGCAAACCCAACACCUCUCAUCACCCCGAGAACACCAUCCCCACAGUGAAGCAUGAUGGUGGCAGCAUCAUGCUGUGGGGAUGUUUUUCAUCAGCAGGGACUGCGAAACUGGUCAGAAUUGAAGGAAUGAUGGAUGGCGCUAAAUACAGGGAAAUUCUUGAGGGAAACCUGUUUCAGUCUUCCAGGGAUUUGAGACAGGGACGGAGGUUCACCUUCCAGCAGGACAAUGGCCCUAAGCAUACUGCUAAAGCAACACUUGAGUGGUUUAAGGGGAAACAUUUAAAUGUCUUGGAAUGGACUAGUCAAAGCCCAGACCUCAAUCCAGUUGAGAAUCUGUGGUAUGACUUAAAGAUUGCUGUACACCAGCACAACCCAUCCAACAUGAAGGAGCUGGAGCAGUUUUGCCUUCAAGAAUGGGCAAAAAUCCCAGUGGCUAGAUGUGCCAAGCUUAUAGAGACAUACCCCAAGAGACUUGCAACUGUAAUUGCUGCAAAAGGUGGCUCUACAAAGUAUUGACUUUGGGGGGGGGUGAAUAGUUAUGCAUGCUCAAGUUUUCUGUUUUUUUGUCUUAUUCUUGUUUGUUUCAUAAUAAAAAAUAUUUUGCAUCUUCAAAGUGGUAGGCAUGUUGUGUAAAUCAAAUGAUACAACCCCCCCAAAAAAUCUAUUUUAAUUCCAGGUUGUAAGGCAGCAAAAUAGGAAAAAUGCCAAGGGGGGUGAAUACUUUCGCAAUUAAAGUGGCAAAACCUUAAGCCCAAACCUAUUUCCACAUCAAAUUCAUCUAAUUUUGUCUUUGCCCCAAAUGGCACCCUAUUCCCUUUAAUGCACUACUUUUACAAUGGCCAAUAGAUCUCUGUUCAAAGGUAGUGUACUAUAGGGAAUAUGGUGCCAUUUGGGACGCACCGUUGUGAAUCAGUCUUUCAACCCAGCCGUUCCAUUAUUUAAUAAUUUGAUAUAUUCCAACACCAGCACAUCUGAAACUAGUAAUCAGCAAGCCGCUGUUAAUUGAAGCAGGUGUUUUUUAAACAGUAAUUUUGCCCAUAGUGUGUAGGGUCCUCACACUGAUGGUGUUAAUUAAGAUUUAAGUGUGUUUGAUUGACGCUUUAGCGAUUAUCACCCCCAAAAUACCACUGGGUCAACCAGUUUGAAUGAACAGUUAAACAGUUAAUUGCAGGUUCUCUGCCUUGGUCUUCCUCCCUCCCUUUUAAUCUUUGAAGUCUUUGUUUUCUCUCUUUUUCUCUGUCUCUUUUUCUUUUCCUCCUUCCUGCUGUGCAGUCUCCCAUUCAUUCAUGAAAAUCCUCUGUCUCUCUAGGUGUGGUUCAGCAACCGACGGGCCAGGUGGCGUAAGCAAGCGGGAGCCAAUCAGCUGGCGGCGUUCAAUCACCUGUUGCCGGGUGGAUUCCCAGGCAGCGGCAUGCCCACGCUACCCACCUACCAGCUCCAAGAUUCCGGCUACCCCACAACCACGCUAUCACAAGGUAUAGACAUAUCUACCACCACCUGCAAACACAUGGUCCUAACAUGUAGUGUUGAGGUACCAUUGUCAAAGUUGGUUAGCCACGUAGUGCUAGUUUGAGCUAAUUUAUUUGAACCUUGUCUGAGACCUGAAGACACAUGUUACAGUAGCUCCUUGAGCUAAUGCCUAGGAUUUAGGUCAGUGGGCUAACACGGUCUCGUGGCGCGUAGAUGACAUCUGAGUCACAUACAUGAUUUGACCUGUUACAAAACACCCAGUAGCGCUAAGAUGAUAUUACAUGACUAUGGUGCUGUGUAUGUGAUCAUCACCCAUGAUCUUAAAUGUGAUUUCUCCCUGGUCCCCCUUCUGUCGAAAUCGCAGACGGUAGUGGCACGGUUCACCGCCCCCAGCCAUUACCACCGUCCACCAUGCACCAGGGAGGGCUGUCGGGCGGGGACAGCGGCUCGGCAUACGGCCUGUCGUCCAACCGCCAUGGCUUCUCCAGCUACUCUGACUCCUUCAUGAGCCCCUCGGCAUCCAGUAACCACAUGAACCCCGUCAGCAACGGCCUCUCCCCACAG